AUGUUGGGCACGGACUGGCGAGCUGGGCUGCUCUGGGCAGAGUACUUGGGGCUGCUCAAGCACGCCUUCAACGUAGUGACGAAGAAGGACAACCCCGACGCCGAGGUGAGCGGGCGCCUGCUCGCCGAGGACGCGAGCCCCAUCGAGGCCGCCAGGCGAGCGAUGAAACCCACUGUGCGCAAGAAGAUGGAGGACGAGGGCAAGAUGACCGACAUCAGCGACGAAGAGUUCUUGCGGGUGACGGAGGCAUUGAGCAUCAACCAAAACAUGCUCCGGCUGGCUUUCCAGCGCGCCUGCGCCACAGCGCACUCCGUGCUGGACAAGCUGUGGAUUGGGUACGAGCAGUUUGAGAAGUCCCUCGGCAACCCGCAGCUCGCGCAGAAGCUGCUCGCUGAGCACAUGGGCACAUACGUGCGGGGCAAAGCGGCCUUCAAGGAGCUGCAAACGCUGUGCACUGGGAUCGACCAUUUCGCUUCGGCCACCCCGCUGAGGCAGAAGACGGCCGCGGCGCAGACAAAGCAGCUGGAGAGGUGGCAGGGCGUGCUCCGGUACGAGCAGACCAACCCCCUGCGGCUGCCGCGGAAGCAGCUGCAGGCGCGGGUGGCGCUCGUCUACCAGCAGGCCUCGCUGAGCUGCGCGUUUUUCGCCGAGAUCUGGCACGACUUCUCCGCUUGGCUAGACCUGGGCGGCGACAGGGAGAGGGCCACCCUGGUGCUCCGGCAG